AUGGAUUUCAACAUCAAGCCUGCCACGGCCGGUGACACCGCCGAAAUCAUGGAGCUCAGCAAAAAAGCCCGCGCCGAGAUGUUUCCUCACCUGAGCCAAGAGUGGCGCGCGCAAAAGGCGGAGCACGACUUGGCGGUCUUUCAGCAGACAUUCAUCGACCAGCCGCAAGGGGCGUUCCUAAUCGCCCGCUCCGGAAACAAACUCGUUGCGACCGUUGGGUACCAACACUAUGACUACCGAUUUCCAGCAUUCCACUUAAACAACGAAGGUGUCGUCGAAGUUGUGAGAUUGUAUGUUGAUCCCGACUGGCGACGCGGCGGGUUGGCAUCAAAAAUGGUCGCGGUUCUGGUGCAAAUUGCGAAAGAGUCAGGCCUCAAACAACUAUACUUGCAUACACACCCGUUUCUGCCGGGUGCGAUAAAGUUCUGGGAACGGCAAGGGUUUACUCUCCUGUGGGUGGAUGUGGAGGACCAUGUAUGGCAGACGACGCACAUGAGUCGACGCUUAGAGGGGUAG